AUGAGCGCAUCUUUGAAUUAUAAGUCUUUUUCCAAAGAGCAGCAGACCAUGGAUAACUUGGAGAAGCAACUCAUCUGUCCUAUCUGCUUAGAGAUGUUCACGAAACCCGUGGUCAUUCUCCCCUGUCAGCAUAACCUGUGUAGGAAAUGUGCCAGUGAUAUUUUCCAGGCCUCUAACCCGUAUUUGCCCACAAGAGGAGGCACCACUGUGGCAUCAGGGGGCCGGUUUCGCUGUCCAUCCUGUAGACACGAAGUGGUUCUGGACAGACAUGGGAUAUAUGGCCUUCAGAGGAACCUGCUGGUGGAAAAUAUCAUUGACAUCUAUAAGCAGGAGUCCACCAGACCAGAAAAGAAGUCUGACCAGCCCAUGUGUGAGGAGCACGAAGAGGAACGCAUCAACAUCUACUGUCUGAACUGUGAAGUGCCCACCUGCUCUCUGUGCAAGGUCUUUGGGGCACACAAGGAUUGCCAGGUGGCUCCCCUAACUCACGUGUUCCAGAGGCAGAAGUCUGAGCUCAGUGAUGGCAUUGCUGUCCUUGUGGGAAGCAAUGAUCGAGUCCAGGGAGUAAUCAGCCAGCUGGAGGACACCUGUAAAACUAUUGAGGAAUGCUGUAAAAAACAGAAACAGGAACUUUGUGAGAAGUUUGAUUACCUGUAUGGCAUCCUGGAGGAAAGGAAGAAUGAGAUGACCCAAGUCAUUACCCGAACCCAAGAGGAGAAACUGGAACGUGUCCGUGCUCUGAUCAAAAAGUAUUCUGAUCACUUGGAAAAUGUGUCAAAGUUGGUUGAAUCAGGAAUCCAGUUCAUGGAUGAGCCAGAAAUGGCAGUGUUUCUGCAGAAUGCCAAAACCCUGUUACAAAAAAUUUCUGAGGCAUCGAAGGCAUUUCAGAUGGAGAAAAUAGAACAUGGUUAUGAGAACAUGAACCACUUCACAGUCAACCUCAAUAGAGAAGAAAAAAUAAUACGCGAAAUUGAUUUUUACAGAGAAGAUGAAGAUGAAGAAGAAGAAGAAGAAGAAGAAGAAGGAGAAGAAGAAGGAGGAGGAGAAGGAGAAGAAGGAGGAGAAGACAGAGAGCAAGUAGAAGUGGAAGAGGUAGAAAAUGUUCGAACAGAGUCCUCAGGAGAGGAUGAAAGUCCAGAGAAAGCCUCGGAGCCCUCUCAGCUGGCCUCAGAGCUCCAGGCUGCCCCAGGGGCGCUUCCAGUUUCCUCCCCGGAGCCACCUCCGGCCCUCCCACCUGCCACAGAUGCCCCAGGGACACAGGGGGAGGUUGUGCCCACUGGCUCUCAGCAGACCACAGAGUCUGAAACUCCAGUCCCUGCAGCAACGGACACUGCGGAUCCCUUGUUUUACCCUAGUUGGUAUAAAGGCCAAACCCGGAAAGCCACCACCAACCCACCUUCCACCCCAGGGAGCGAAAGUCUGGGACACAUAGGGCCUCCUGGUUCUGAGGAUUCGAAUGUGCAGAAGGCAGAAGUGGCAGAAGCUGCAGCCAGUGAGAGGGCAGCAGUGAGUGGUAAGGAAACUAGUUCACCAGCAGCUACUUCUCAGGUUAGUGUUGAUGCUCUUGUGUCUGAAUGCUUCCCCCUGCCAUCUAGCGUCCUGCUGGAAUCACAGCAAGAAAGAAGGGCUUCCAAAGGGGCAGAAAGAAACCAUGGCCUUGGGAAAAACACAGAAACAACUCAUUCCCCAAUUUUGGUUUGUUUUUUAAGCCUUGUAAAACAAAACAGAAAAAAAAAUUGA